AGCGAUCGUCGAGAGCAACUCGAACCAGUCUCGACCAGUGCGCUAAUAGACAUCACUCCUUACGAAUCAGCAAAUCUCCAAGAUGUUUGUGAGAAUCUCGUGGAUCGUCGCGACAAUAAUCGCUCUAUUUUGCGUUUAUACCUACGCUCAAAAUCAACCUGUAUCGCGAACCUGUUUAGGCUGUAUAUGUGAAGCAAGCUCGGGAUGUAACACCACUAUUGGUUGUCGAGGCAAUGGAGUAUGUGGACCUUUUGGCAUAACAUGGGCUUACUGGUCUGACUCUGGAAAACCAACUUUAAACGGCGAAACGAAUACUAAUGACGCCUACGCCAGAUGCGUUAAUGAUGUAUAUUGCGCUGCACGUGCGGUACAGGGCUACAUGGCUAAAUUUAGUCACGAUUGCACUGGAAAUGGAGUGGUCGACUGCGAAGAUUAUUUGCGUAUCCAUCAAUUAGGCGCAAAUGGCUGUACCGGCCAGCUAAAUAGUAAAUUCGAGAAUAGAUUCAAACUGUGCUUACGAACCUUCCAGCGACAAUAAGUGUCACACGUCAAUUAAACAAUCUAUUGAUUGUUCUAAUAUGUUGUAUGCAUAUGCAACGAAAACUCAUCAUCUAUUUUUAUCCAGUACUUGAGAAAUAAUUAAUAGUUCAAGUAAAUAGCUUCACUUACUAGUUUCAUUCAAUAUAACGUAUUUAUAAAGUAUGUUAUACAAAAAAAUCAAUUGAAAAU